UGGCUAAUUUUUUUUAAAACAUUGUGUGAUUGGACAAUCCCCGAUUCGACUCAUUAGCGCAGCUGCAGUUCGUUAGGUCAUUCACGUUUACGUUUGCAAAGUGGAGUAGUUUCAAAAUGAGAGAAAAUUCUGUUUUGUCUUUACAAAAAAAUGCUUUUACAAAGCGUUCACUUGAAGAAAAAAACAGGAUAAAGGAGCUUGGACCGGAUCGUCCCAAUUUACAAAUUCAGCAGCAGGCAAGUGAUCGUGGACGAUCCUACACGCGGGCUUUUUCCAGCUCUUCUUAUGACAAGCGGAGUUGGCUAGCUGGAUGUGAUGUAAGCAAUGCCUUUUACUGCUUUCCGUGUUUGCUAUUUCAAAGUUCUGGCACGGAGGCAAUGUGGACAACAACUGGGCUUUUUUUCCAGAUCAUCCAAGCGCACAAGCGUUCUUGAUAAAGUUGUGGCCCACAGACUACCAGCAUCCAGCAAUGUCAGAUGGAACUUUCACAGCUGUGCCAUCAAUACUGUGUUUGAGCACAGAGAGGACCUCAUCCGCUGUUUCCAAAGCAUACAAGACUCUGGUGAGUUUGACCCCAUUACCAUCAGAGAGGCUGGAGCAUUUGCCAUGCUACUGGAGGAUCAGGAUUUUAAGUUCUUUCUGCAACUUUUCCACCAUAUCAUGCCUCAUGUGGACCUUCUCUAUGCCAAACUCCAGAAGAAGGUCAUAGAUUCAGUCUGUAUCCAGGAGAGCAUCCAACAGUUCCAGCAGGACAUUCAAAAGAUCAGAAAUUCUCUCCACUCCAUGGUUGGACAAAGCAGUGUAGGUAGUAGUCAGCCAGUGAAGAAGCGUCGGACACUCAGUGUAGAAGACCAUGAAAGGAUUGCUGCAGAGGUCUGUGAUAUCAUACUGGGACACACCAGGGAGCGCUUUUCUUUCACAAACCACCUUGUUAGUGCCACACUCCUGCAGGGGGACAGAUUUGAACAAUACAACACAGCAUUUCCUGAAGAUGCACUGAGCAACACCUUAAAAGCCUAUCCAGUGCUCAAUCGAGGUAAGCUGAAGACAGAGCUUACUCUCAUCUACAGCAAGGAAGAGUUCAAAGCCUGUUGUGGUGCUGUGGGCCUACUCCAGCUGUUUAUGGAAAACAAUCUAGAAGAAGUCUUUUCAGAAACUGUCACGCUCUUGAAGAUCCUCAUCACCACACCCAUGACCACAGCAGAAGCUGAACGGUGCUUUUCAACUCUGAAAAGAAUCAAGACUUUUCUGAGAAACUCAAUGACUCAGGACAGGCUGAAUGCAUUGGCCAUGUUGUCAAUGGAGAAAAGACUAGUCACAGAGAUGACUGACUUUAACAAGAAUGUAAUUGAGAAAUUUGCAGGGCAGAAGGAAAGGAGCACAAAAUUCAUGUUCAAAUAGUGCUAUUUUUUAAGAUUAGUUUUGUUUGUUUUUCAUUUGUUUGUUUGUGUGCGCCCCCCUCAGUUUUUUUAGUACCAGCCGCCACUGAUUAAACCUGACCUCUUGAUUGUGUCUGUAGUAGUGGUGCCUUUUAGAGCAUUUUUAACAGAAU